AUGCUCGGCCCAUUCCAUGAGAAAGCCUGGGACUUGACUCGACAAGCUCAACAGCAGUAUCGUUUCUUCCCCAACCCCACCUACAAAGAAGAGCCCGUCAAGUACGAGAAGAGACAGAAGCGCCAAAGCUCAAACAUCACAAUGCAUUUACAAAAUGGUGACUCCAUCGUACGUUUCGCUGGUGUGCCUGAAGAGCACACUGAAGCAAAGGUCCAGAGCAAUGGUGUUGUGAUAGUGCCCGGAAAUGGCACUAAAGCCACCAACGACAACGAAGCCAUACAGAAAAGUACAGCGGCCACUUUGAAUGAGGUAGAAAUACCGAUUCCAGAGGGCCUGGACGCGAAUGCUGUACUUGACACAAUUCUAACAGCCUGGGUUAUACUCGUGCAGAGGUAUCAAAGAGAUGUCUUCCACCAAUUUACUUGGGGUGUCGAAAAUGGUGGAGCAAAUCAAAUACAAUGCAUACCCACACCCGACCUCGACUUGCAAAAUCAGCGGGCUGUUGGGCAACUCGAGUCGAAAAUCAGGGACGUGAGAUCGAAAGACAUCUCCGUUGAGAAGUCUAUUUUCUUGAAUGACGGAAGCAAAGAAGAGGUGAGCUUUUCUCGUGGAAUACGGGGGCCAUGCCUGACAUGA